GCUUGCCGCCUGAUAACUCAUUACAAUGUAGAGACUACGAACUUCAUAGGAUUUAUCUCGAUUCACGAAGACUUAAUCAACCCACCGGCAUUGAAAUUCAACUGGCUACAUAAUCAUGACGGACCAUGAACAAAUCAGAUCCCCCUAUGUGGCCGGAAAUAUAGUAAAGCUCCAGCUGAAGACACCAUAUGAUGGACAAACAAUAGACGCCAAAAUCAUGAAGGUCUUUGAACCGUUUACCUGGUCCACUGCGAUGCUUGUCCGACCAGUGUGCCCUACCACCGCAUGGGAAGAUGAUAUGGUACUGAAACUCUUCGACCGACGUUUUGCAACACAACUCAGAGAAAGGGAAGAAAUAAGUCCUUGGACCUCGGAUAUCGAACAGAAUUAUCAUCAGUUCAUUCUCGAUGGUGAUGCAGCGAAGCUUGUUGCCGAGCUGACCGCCGACAGAGAUUUGCCAGCUCGAAAUGUUGACACAUGGAAUUCUUCUCAAGAAGAAACCUAUUUGCAUGACUUUAUGCAAGCUCUCUACGAGACAGAAACUCAAGCAUACAACACCCUAGCCGAUAUGCAAGGGAACGACAUACCCCGACUUUUUUCGUGUGUGACAGUGCCUACCUCUACCACCGCGCAAAAUACUCUGCUCAGCGAAUACAGCGACAUUCCUGGAAUCCUUUUGCAGUACAUCGAAGGGUUUCCCUUAACCGAUAUCGCUACAUGCGCCCCAAGGGAUAGCUGGCAAAGCAUCUGUGAGGAUGCCAUCCGAAUCGUCAAUCUUGUCGGUGAUAGAGGAAUACUAAACGAGGAUGUCAAAACGAGGAGUUUCAUUGUGCAAAGUCGCCCGGAAAAUCAAUUCCACGUUUUCAUGAUCGAUUUCGCGUUAUGCAACUUCCGCGAAGAAUAUCAAGAUGAAACCGAAUGGGAGGAGUGGAAGGCAAGGCAGGAUGAAGAAGGGGCGGUUGGAUUUGUUAUGCAAAAGAAGCUGCAAGGUGGAUUUGUGUACCAUCGAUCUGCUCGAUACAGAAAGCUGGAUGAGAAAUACAAGAUGGACGGCUGAGAUCGGCAUGAGUUUUGUUCUGGUUCUCAAACUUUGCGUGGGUUGCCCAAGAAAAGAUUGAUGACACUAUUACUAUCUUCAAAAACAGUCCCUGCAGCACCCUAGCC